GAUAGCAGCCUGCAGUAGGUAUGCCCUAUGAUAUCCUCACCCUAUGACUGCACUUCCACUCAACUACGCCACCAGCUUGCCGAUCUGGAGCUUCAGACGGCUACCUAGAGCAACUGCGAUAUCUCCUUCUUUGGCUUACUGUAACUGAUAUCCUAUUUACUACUAUCAACCCCCCCGAUAUACUUGGACUAGACACACGAGUUCGAUUGGCUCCUUCGAAGGAACACUCCCACUUCCCCCAUCACGUGAGCUCGUGAGCUUCAGCCUACCGGUAAUAGAGAGGAGUCAUCCUCGCAGACGGCCAAAUACUAGAAAGAGGAGGAUUCGGAAUUAUCACAGUGUAGAGAAAGGAAAAGGAGCGCCGGGGCGCUCAAGGGGAGGGCAGGAUGUUUUCCGAAUAUGCCUCCCGCUUCCUAGCCCAGUCGCAGUCGCGACUGUCCCUCGGCGGAGAUCCCGCAAACUCCACAACCCGCAAUAUGCACGAUAAACAACGCGGCCAGCACGCUCUCGGCCCGUCGAGGUUCUCGUCGUCCAGGCAUCAGCAGCAGAGGUCGGCCUUAGGCAACCCGUAUCAAAACGGCGGCUCGCAGUUCGCGCGGUUCCCGUUCGGAUCACGAGCCCAGGCGCCAGCUCCGCUGUUUUACAGCGUGACCGACGAUAUUGGAGAAGAGGACGAUGGGGAGGAGCGGGAAAGAGAAGUUGCCGACUUCUACGCCCUGCAAAGGUCAAGAAGACAGUUUGGGAAUCUAUCUGGGUCGUCGGAGGGUGAGGAUGAUGUCGGCCACUCGCCGAAUCUAGAAGAGAGCGGAGAAGCCGCUAAGACGAACCAUCUACGACCACAUUCGACUGCCAGGAAUGGGAAAAGCUCAUGGAGAUCAACACGACCGGGAAUCAGACCCAAAAUUCCGGGUAUAGACCCUGUCGAGGAGGUUGCGGAGGACGGAAUACGACCAGACCACGGUUCAAUAUCGGACAAAGGAAAAGGAAGGCUGAUGGAUGUCGAUCUGGCCUCCACGAUACGAGAAAGCAUGGAACAACUCCCCGCGGCAGAUGCUUCGGAAUAUGACCCUGAUGACGACCCCCCUUUUCAGAACUUCCGCACACCUCCAGGUCAGAGGAGGCCAUUGCUGCAGUCAUUCCUACCACAGGAGACAGACGAUGAUGCCGCAAGAGUAAACCCGCGGCCCCGGAGUCCGGACAGAGAAAGCGUACCACCAGGCGUCGGUAUCGAACCGGCCGAGACUCCUCGAUACGACCUCUUUUGGUCGACGCUCUUCGGGGUGUGCUUCGCAUCUCUUUUUGCUAGCUUCUUCUUGGUUUAUAUGAGUACGGAUAAACCCGACGCCAAACAUCCGAUCGGCGACACGAUAUACUCGACCCUGUACAAGUCCUAUCAUAUUCUCAUAGUAGAUACCUUCGUGGCGACUGUGAUCGGUGUCCUGUGGUUGAGCCUCUUACGGUCAUAUUCUAGGCCCUUGGUCUACCUCAUUGUCGGAGGGGUCCCGAUCGUUCUAUUCUCAUUUUGGCUAUACCCCUUCGUAACAAGCUUCCACUCGCCCCGGGCUUCCCUCAAAUUCCAAGACAUCGCAAUGCGCUACUUUUCCUUCAUCCCCCUCAUUGGCUCCAUCGUCUGGAGUAUCUCGGUCAUCAAAGCAAGGCACUCCAUCGAUCGGGCAACUGCCAUUCUCGAAUUCUCCGUCAAGAUCCUCGCAUCGCACUCAAGUUUGAUGAUGAUUGGUUUCGGUGUCCUGGCCAUCUUCCUGAUCUGGACGUGGAUUUGGGUUAGCAUGUUUACGCGGGUCUUCCUCGGCGGGCAUUUCUCGAGCGCCAAGAAUUUCUUCAUCAUCGACUGGACGACGUGGUGGCUCGGAGCAUUCUUCGUCCUCGUCUUCGCGUGGACGCAGUCGGUCAUCUCCGGUAUGCAGCGAGCAACCACUGCCGCCGUUGUAUCCCAGUGGUAUUUCCACCGAUACUCCGUCCCCGCUCCCACCUCUCGCCAAGUCGUGACCGCCUCUCUCACGCAUUCUGCCGAUACGCUCUUCGGCACGAUCUGUUUUGCCUCCAUACUCACCCUCUGCGUUCGUCUCCCAUUCCUCAUCCUCCCCCGUCGUCUCUCCGGCAUCUUCACGAUGUGCGCCUACUCCUUCGUCCCCUCCACCAUCGCCAGCCUCACCAACCCUCUCACCCUCACCUACGCCGCCAUCCAUUCCCAACCUCUCUCCAUCUCCGCGCGCGGCCUUACCUCCCUCGACUUCGGCGCCGCCCACCGCGCCACCACGACACUCACCCCAGCAUCCUUCGACCGCUCCGGCUCCGUCCCCCUCCUCCCCUACCACCUCGCCAAGCUCAUCCUCCACGGCGUCCGCUACAUCACCGCCCUCGCCAUGGGCUUCGCCGCCUGGGUGUCGACCUCCCGCAAUCUGGACACCGCCCCCGCAUAUAACCCCGCGAAGACCGUCCGCGGGUCGCUGUACGCGUAUGUCGUCGGCUUGGUGGCCAGCGGCAUCGCGUGGGGCGUGCUCGGCGCCAUGGAGGGCGUACUGGGGGGCAUCGUCGACGCGGCGGUCGUGUGCUGGGCGAGCGAAGUAACGGCGUCGGGGGGGAAAGAGGUGCGGUACUGUCGGGAGGCGGGCGAUCUGUUUGGCGAUGAUGGGGCACGGAGGCGACGGACGAGGUGGGAGCAGGUGUGAGCUGCGGUAGGUGGGGGGAUGCUUAUGGGCGCAUUGGCGUUUCUGGCGGGACUACCAGUUUCUUCGUUUCGCUGUAUUUUAUACCACGCUGUUUGGCGUCCCCGAGUAUGCAUGGUAUGGGACACCGGGCCAUAUAGGUUGAGGCGUCACAAUUAAUUCGACUGUUC